AUGGAUUUACCGAGUAAAAUGGCUACAAUUCCUACAGAAUUACCGAGCGAACCAAUCACGGAUAAUGACCAGCCUUCGGCUUAUACUACCACUUCUACCGGUAGCAUCGCUAAUUCAGCUCCCCCAAUGGCCAUCCCGCCAGAACCGUUCCUAAUAGAUCUCUUUUGCAAUUUGAUCGAAGAUCCAGCCGUAAUUUUGAUAAGGGAAUGGUGUGUUGAAGGAGGUGUUGUUGGGUCGUGGAGUAUUGCGGAGUUUUUGAGGGAUGUUUGUCUGGUUAGUCGGUGUAUUUGGUUGGAAUUGGGUGUUGAGGAGAGAAGAAGACUGAAGACAGAGGGGGAGGAUGUCUUUUUUGCGGUUGUUUCGGGGGGUUGUUAUGCGUUUGCGGUUUUGGUGGUGGCUAUUUAUGGGAUUGGGGGUGUUAUUGUUCCUAUAUCACCUCGCGUCCACCCCGAAGAAGCAAAAUAUUUUCUCGAAACAUGCAAUGCCUCACUCAUCUGCGCUGUUCCGAGUACUGCAAACCGAGUCCAAAAUAUAAUCAAAGCCAUGAACACCAAUAUUCCUAUUUUCACUUAUACACCACACAAAGCAGACACCAGCCCCUCCGAUAUCAAAUUCUACCUCUCAGAUUCACCACCCCCCCCCCCCACAGUUCCACCAAAGGAUUCGCCCUCCUCUAUACAUCCGGAACAACCUGUCCUCCAAAAGGCGUCUUCCACGACCGCAGCAGCACGACUGGCGGCUUUCUAA